CGGAGGCGCCGCCCACUUUUUCCGGCCCUCUACAAACCGCUGCUCUGUUUGCGCCUCGAGCCGCCACGCCCUGGGGUCUUGGGCCUCGUUGGCGGCAAUUCCUGGCUGCUGUGUGCGCGGGAGAAGGGGUCUGGGGGGCGGUGGACAACACGGAGAGACGCUGGUGCGCGUGGCGGGCCCAGGCCGCAGCCGCAGGUUGUUCACCCUACCCUGCCCCACGGCGCAAUCCCUGCCUUUUGGUCGUCCGGUGCUGCUCCAGCCACCAGGGAGGGUGUUUGUCUCUGCGGCGUGGGAGAAGACCGGACGGUGUUAAUGUAGUUCACAGCAAAUCUGAAUGUUUAAUUAAAGAAUGGAAUACAGAAUACCACAAAAAACUUCAACUAUUGAUUUAAUCUCAUCUGAAAUUCUACAGGUGUCUUCUACCUCAGCAUAUCAAGGCAGCAGUCUUCCCUUUCCCUGAGGCUUGAACGCAAGACAUUCUUUCAUACAUCUCAGAAUUCAUCUGAGAGUGGUACUGCUGCAGCCAGCGGGAAUUUCAAGGGAAAAAUUGGGAAAUGGCAAUGGAUUGAAGGUGAAUGCUGGCUUUUUACAUAUCUUAUAGAAAUUUCAAGCAUUAUUCUUGACUGCUACAUUCUGCUGAAUGUUCACUGGGUGAAACUGAAGGUCCAUCAAGAAGAACCUGUGCCUUACGUGCUCCCCAGCUGCUGUGGAUGGCCCUGACUCUUUUGACUGCCCUUCCUAGUAGGAUGUCACUGAGAUCCCUCAAAUGGAGCCUCUUGUUGCUGUCGCUCCUGAGUUUCCUCGUGAUGUGGUACCUCAGCCUUCCUCACUACAACGUGAUAGAGCGUGUGAACUGGAUGUACUUCUACGAGUAUGAGCCAAUUUACAGACAAGACUUUCGCUUUACACUUCGAGAGCACUCAAACUGUUCUCAUCAAAACCCAUUUCUGGUCAUCCUGGUGACCUCGCACCCCUCAGAUGUGAAAGCCAGGCAGGCCAUUAGGGUUACUUGGGGUGAAAAAAAGUCUUGGUGGGGAUAUGAGGUUCUUACAUUUUUCUUAUUAGGCCAGCAAACUGAAAGGGAAGAUAAAAUGUUAGCAUUGUCCUUAGAGGACGAGCACCUUCUUUAUGGUGACAUAAUACGACAAGAUUUUUUAGACACAUAUAAUAACCUGACCUUGAAAACCAUUAUGGCAUUCAGGUGGGUAACUGAGUUUUGCCCCAAUGCCAAGUACAUCAUGAAGACAGACACUGAUGUUUUCAUUAAUACUGGCAAUUUAGUGAAGUAUCUUUUAAAUUUAAAUCACUCAGAGAAGUUUUUCACAGGUUAUCCUCUAAUUGACAAUUAUUCCUAUAGAGGAUUUUACCAGAAAAACCAUAUUUCGUACCAGGAGUAUCCUUUCAAGGUGUUCCCUCCCUACUGUAGUGGGUUGGGUUAUAUAAUGUCCAGAGAUUUGGUGCCAAGAAUCUAUGAAAUGAUGGGUCAUGUAAAACCCAUCAAGUUUGAAGAUGUUUAUGUUGGGAUCUGUUUGAAUUUGUUAAAAGUGGACAUUCAUAUUCCAGAAGACACAAACCUUUUCUUUUUAUAUAGAAUCCAUUUAGAUGUCUGCCAACUCAGACGUGUGAUUGCAGCCCAUGGCUUUUCUUCCAAGGAAAUCAUCACCUUUUGGCAGGUUAUGCUAAGGAACACCACAUGCCAUUAUUAACUUUACACUCUACCAAAAAUCUGGAGAAGGGCAGGGUACUUCAUGGAAAGUCUUAAAGUUGGUGUUGUGGAAAACUCAGAAAAGUCAGUGUGCUGGCUCACACUGAACUGAAGUCAUGGAGAACCCAUGGACUAGAGACUGGAGGGCCAAACAUUACUAGUGAUUUAUUUUGACAAAAUUCAAGUUGGGUCCUUUAAAAGUGGUAUUCAGAGGAAUUAAAUGUAAAGUAAUCAGAGGUUUUUGUCUGUAAAAUUAAUAGGGCCAAACAUUGAACAUGUUGUUCUAUAGAUUAGAAUUUCUUAAAAGGGUUUCCUGAUUUAUAAGCUCAUUAGUUCAUAAAAACAAAACAACGUGGAGUUCUGUUUAUUGAAUGGUCUAGUCACUUAAGGGUUUAGGAUGUAUUUUACAUGGAUUACCAACUUUUAAAAAAUAUAUAGUUCUGUGUAAAAAAUACUUCACUGAUGUUGUACUGAACAAAAUUAUAUCUGUUUUUGGUCAUUCAGAAGACAUUUAAAGAUGUUGCAAUAUUUUGGAGUUACCAGUUAUUAUUUAAUGUUACUUCAAACUUUCUGGGUGUUUAAAUGUUAUGGUGGUUUCAAUACCGUAUAAUAGAAUAUUGAAUCAGUUCUUAUAUUUGAGCUUUGUUCUGGUUACUUCAUUGAUCAGUUUAUUAUUGAUAGCCCCAUUAAUGUGAAGUCAUAAGUCAUUUAUUGAGUAUGAGUAAUCUCUUGGACUUCAUUUUAUAUUUUACUGUGGUAAUGUAAAGAAUAAUUACAGCAAGAAAACAUGAGUUAUUGUCUUGUUUUUAAAAAUAUAGUUCCCAGUGUUUUUAGAUAUCACUUCAGCUGUUUCAUUUCCCCGCCCUGGAAUCUAGGAAUUAUAUAGGAUGCCAGGCAGUAUAUUUCCUUUUAGAAAGGACUCGGAAGGCACAAAAUGAGGGAGAGGACUUGAUGGACAGAAUGUUAUAAGAAGAGUGUCAUUUAUCAGUAUUUGGGUUGGAAAAACAAGACUGAAGAUUCAAGUUGCAAUGUUAAUCUACCCCAUGUGUUUUCUCAUUAACAAUCAAUUUGUGAAUAAAGGAAAAAAAAAGAAAAGCUGCUGCUGUUAGUGUUUGUAAUCGAGAUGAAGGGCCCCAUGUCUAGUCUGAAGUCUAGUCUGAUUUAAAUCCCAUGUGCUUUUGUAGAAACAGUGAUGUGCCCUUUGUUGGAAAUGCUACUAGUUGGUCAAAAAGGAGUUCUUGUCCCUAUAUUCCUGGGAUUAUACAGUUUUCUAUUAGAGUUGAUUUAGGACAAGUAAUUCCUUUCUUUUUAAUUAUAAGAGAGCAAAGAUCAAACCCUUUGGCAGGAAAUAAAAGUUUGAAAGUAUGUAGUCAGCUCUUGUAAUACGGAGAUAUUUAUAAUUCACCAAUGUGAAAAAUCUAACCUGAAUUAAAGCUGCUA